CGGCAAAUCCGUAUUAUUCCGAUAUAAACUAAAAUUAGCUACGUCAAAAGAGCUGGGACAGUUUGCGAACUCUACACACUAUUUGAUAAAGCUGUUAUAUGCGUAUGCAUGUGUGUGCAGACUUGUCUCGUAUUGAAAGUCUCACUCCAGCCAGCUGACCGAAGUUGGCAACCGUGUGCAUAUCAGGAUGGCGAGGUUAUCGUUGUCUCUGAGUCUGACAGACGAUGCAAGAGAAAUUUGAACUGAGACAUGAAGGACUCAAAUCACCGACAUGCACUCUUUAUUUAAAAGCGGAGAUGGGAUGACAUCUGGCUUUGACGCACUAAAAAGCAGCACUUAUUACAGUGCUGUGUCUCCAUGUGCAGCCCAGACCACACCGGAUGGAACUGGAAAUGUUUCAAGGCACUGCCCCAUCGUAGGAGAUGACAGAUGGACGGAAGGUCGGACCCCCCUGUGCCGCAGUCCAGCAUGGACCAGAGCUUCAGCUUCAGCUCUCUGAAGAAGCUGGCCGCGGAACCGGAUCACACCGACGUCACGCUGUCUGCGGCCGAGCGAGUCCGUGCCCUAAGCAAGAUGGGCUGCAACAUCGAGAUCAACGAGGACAUCACCCCGCGGCGGUACUUCCGUUCCGGUGUGGAGAUGGAGCGCAUGGCCGCCGUCUACCUCGAGGAGGGGAGCCUGGAGAACGCAUUCGUGCUCUACAACAAGUUCAUCACGCUGUUUGUGGAGAAGCUUCCCAGCCAUCGGGACUACCAGCAGUGCAGUGUUCCUGAGAAGCAGGUCAUCAUGAAGAAACUGCAGGACGUGGCAUUUCCACGGAAAGACCAGCUGAAGAAGCUUCUCCAUGAGAAGUACAACAGAGAACACAUGGAGUACGUGAAGAGUCAGCACGUCUGCGCCCAGAGCCAGGCUGCAGAGGUCUGCGACCAGCAGCUGCAGAGGCUGUCGCUCUUGGAGGAGGAGCGGCAGCGCGUGGCCCAGCUGCGCAGGAUGCAGAUUGAGUCCGAGCAGUUCCGCUACUUCGAGGACCAGCUGCGUCGCCAGGAGUUGGCCAACCGGAAGGACGGGGCUGCCCUCAAAGUGCAAGAUCAGACGGACGGGACGUGUCUGUCCCGCACGCCGAAGAACCACGUCAGCCUCGGGUCCAAUCGCAGCAAGCAGGCCGUCCCCAUCAACAAGCCAACCUCAACUCUGGGUGCAGUACAGAACCAGAGAGUGGAUGGCUUGAGACGGGUGGUGAUCUCGCGAGAUCUCACUUACAAGUUUCUGCUGCUCGCGGAUGGAAACACGGCCAGAGGAAUCGAGACGUGCGGAGUCCUCUGCGGAAGACUAACCCACAAUGAGUUCGUCCUCACCCACGUGAUCAUUCCCAAGCAAACCGCCGGCCCAGACUACUGCGACAUGGAGAACGUGGAGGAGCUCUUCAGCUUCCAGGACCAACACGGGCUGCUGACGCUGGGCUGGAUCCACACACACCCGACACAGACGGCAUUCCUCUCCAGCGUGGAUCUUCACACACACUGCUCGUACCAGCUGAUGCUCCCGGAGGCCAUUGCCAUAGUCUGUGCUCCCAAGCACAACGACACCGGAGUCUUCAGGCUGACCAGCCCUGGAAUGGCAGAGGUGGGGAACUGCAGGAUGAAGGGCUUCCACCCUCACUCGAAGGACCCCCCGCUGUUCAGCAUCUGUAAGCACGUUGUGGUGAAAGACACCAAAACAAUGGUCCUAGAUCUCAGGUGACAGCGACGAGAGCCUCGCACAGUGGCCCCCACCCCCCCACAUACACAAACAAGUUUCUAUUUACAUCGUUGUUUACUUGAAGGUUUUUGUAUUUAUUUAUUUUCUAAGAGGUACUGUGAAUCGAUAUCGCUUUACCGCGCAGAGCAUCAUGGGUGCUCUUUGUCGCGGAGUCAUUCCGACGGUGUUGCUUCUGCUGGUCUUUUAACUCGAUGUC